UACUUUUUUUUUCUCUUCCUAUUUAGAGGGGAUAGAAAAAAGACCAACGAAUGUGAAGGUCUGAAAGUUGGUAAUAGUGUGAAUUUUGAAGCGAGUAUUGAGAUCAAAAAGUGCCCAAAGAAUAAAGCUGAGUGGAACCAAACAAUUCAGAUCUAUCCAGUUGGUUUGAAUGAGGCUCUAGUGAUAGAUCUGGAGAUUAUCUGUGAAUGUCGGUGUGAGAAACCUUGGAACGAGGAGAGAGACAGCGACAAGUGUACCUUUGGCAAUGGUACUUACCAGUGUGGGAUAUGUAGUUGUUACGAUGGUCGUUCUGGGAUCAAUUGCGAAUGUGACUCUAAGGAUACAGACCCUACCAUAGAUGAAACAAAAUGUUUCUUUAUCAAUGAAACUAAGCCAUGCUCUGGACGAGGAAUCUGUCAUUGUGGAGUUUGCGAAUGUAUCCCAAGGCAGAAUCCUGAAGAAGUGGUAACAGGGAAGUUUUGCGAGUGUGAUAAUUUUUCAUGUGAUCGUUACGAAGGGAAAAUAUGCAGUGGACCUAGCCACGGGGAGUGUGAGUGUGGUAAAUGUCAGUGCCUACCUGACUGGACAGGUCAUGCCUGUGAAUGCAAAAAAGAUAAUGAAAGUUGCAUUGCUCCUGAUAGUAACCAAAUCUGUAGUGGUCAUGGGGAGUGCAAGUGUGGGGUGUGUGAGUGUUUUGAAUCGGAAGAUCAGCGGUACAGUGGACGUUUCUGUGAGGACUGCCCUACUUGUCCUGGUCUCUGUGAGGAUCUUAAAGAGUGUGUUCAAUGUCUGAUGUUUGAUUCUGGGCCGCUGACUGUCGAAGAAUGUAAAAACUGCUCUUUUAUUCCUGUAGAAGUUAGUGAAGCUGAGGUGGAAGAACCGGGGCAAAGAUUGUGUGUCUUCCGUGAUGAUGACGACUGUAAAUUUAAGUUUGUCUACAAACUUGAUGAAGAUAACAAGCCCUUAGUGUGGGCCCAAAGAACAAAAGAUUGUCCAGAACCAAUCAACAUCCUCGCAAUUGUGCUUGGCGUUAUUGGUGGAAUUGUUCUGGUGGGGCUGGCACUUCUACUGAUAUGGAAACUGCUCACCACCAUUCAUGAUCGACGUGAGUUUGCUAAGUUUGAGAAAGAAAGACAGAUGGCCAAAUGGGACACUGGUGAGAAUCCUAUCUACAAACAGGCUACAUCAACCUUCAAGAACCCAACUUAUGGAGGAAAAUAGCAAGGAAAUAUUCUUCCGGUAUACGUACACCACUGUAGUUUAUAUCUGUAGCUCUGCAUUAUUUUAUUGUGUAACAGAAACAAGCAGCUUGUAUACACAAGGUUUUAUCACAGACUUGAUCCAGUGUAAGUUCUGAAGAAUACAGUGUGUAAAAGUAUAAAUAGUGAUAUAAUUGUGCCAGACUUUAUCUAGUACUUUGUAAUGUAUAUUUUUCUAACAAACAACCAAAGAUUUCAUACAGAUUUUUGUGCAACAACAUUUGAUUUAUUAAUUCUUUUACUUGUAUUUUGUAACUCACCUAGUUACUCCAUUAGAUACCAAAGAGCAACAUUGCAAUGAUAUAAACGCAUGAUUUCCAGAAAUGCUUUAUUGGAGGAAUUCUCGUAAAAAUGUCGUUCCCUCCGACAACUGGUGCUAAAAUAAAAUAUAAGAAAUGAGAUAAAAUAUGUAGAUAGUAUACUAAGUAGUCUUAAGUUUGUUUUGUGGAUUGGUACGUUGUCACGUACAGCUUACUUCAACCCCACGUUUCAGAUGUAGCCUAAACUAAAAUUAGUACAAUGACCAUACAGCUUACUAGUAAGAUUUGAGUAAAUUCAUUUAACAUACUGAUUAAAGAGAAACAAACUGUGCAGCUGGAUAAAGUAUCAAAUAUAGAAUGUUAAUCGUGUUUGUCACUUAAUGAUUCUCUUUAACUGCAGUUAACUGAAACUGUUGCAGUAAGACAUUUAUUUUUUCAAGUAAGAAUAACACGAUACUGAUGGUCAGUCUCACUAUUUAUCUGGCAGUUACUACAGCUUAAUAGAUAAGUAACUUUAUUCAUAAAGAAUUUUCUUGACAUGCAUUAGUGUAUUUUAUAUAAAAUACUGAAAUCUGAAGAAACAUACUUUAAUAUAAUAAUGUUUGUAUCUUUCCACAAAAAUAUCUGUAAUGAAGUUUUUGGUUUAUAUAUCCAGCCUUUUGUUGUUUUUAUUUCUGCAUAUUUAUAAAGCAGAAAUGUAGGAUUUAUUUUGUUACAGAGGUGUGUAUAGCUUUACAGUUUGAUCUGAAAAAACUGUACUUAAAUUUUUACGAUACCCUCUUGACUAAUAUUCAGCAUAAAAAGAAGUUCUAAAAAAUGCUCUUUAGAUUACUUAAUGCUUUUUUUUUAUUUGUAAGUUCAAAUGCUUGAAGAUUUAUCUAUGUUAUAUUCUGUAUGUUACUUUGAAUUUUUUUUACUACUACAACUACUCGUGUUUGUUUACAUAUAUUGUUAAGAUAACAGUUUGCGUCAAGUAUCGAUUGUGCUAUUGAAUAUAGUAAAAACCUUUUAGAAUAAGUUGCCCUUAAAUUACAGAGUGUCCCAGACAUUGGUUGCUAUUGGCUGAAUGUGUGUACGUGUUUACAGAACAUGCUCGAAAUGUCCACCCUCAGAAUCCACAACAUACCAAAGACGUUCAGUCCAGAUCAUCCCCGUAUGUUCAUCUAAAAAUCUUUAAAAAAAAACAAAAGUAAUUUUUAAUUUCAUCACUGUUACAAAUGGCAACCAAUUUUUGGGCCACUCUGUAGCAGAUUGGUCCUUUAUAUAUUUCUCUGUACACUUUUAUAUUAUGAAAUAUUUUAACCUUUUGAGUAAAACUAACUUAUAACUUUGUAUUUCAUUCUUGUCUUAUUUAUGAGUUUAGCUUCUAUUUAUAUUACCCACUCCCAUUUUUUCCCAAACGUCUAGGAACACAAUUUUAAAAUUUAAGGUGUUGAGUUUCUAGCACUUAGUGAGAUAGGAUAUUAAUCAAACCAGAGGAAUUGGAUAUUUUUACUAUUGUAUUUAUAAGGUCACUGUUCUGUGUGGAUACUCAGGGCUUAAAUUUAACAGCUUGGGAUGGGUGGUCCAAAUAUUUUGUUUCCAAGUCUUUAUUCAGAAGAACUUGACCCCCUCCCCCCCAUUGCAAAGCAAAAGCUGGGAGGUUCAUUGACUCCCCCCCCCCCUUCCUGGUAAUUUGAGCCCAGUGUAUGUUCUUAACUCCAGAAGGCCACACAUGGUUUAAAACUACAUUUUUUUGUCAGUAUUUAUGUACAUGAUAAGUUGGUGAGAGAAAGCAGAUGUUUUUUUUUUAAGUUAAUUAUAGCAAAAUGGAAAGAACAACGAUAUUAAAAGCAAAACUUGAAAUGAAGUGUUUGUUUCAGAAUAGUAUAGGUUAGAAACAUUUUCAGUGUUGUUAUGAAUAAGUGCAAUAUUCUCUAUAAAUGUGAUGAUGUAUCGAUCACAGUUUGAAGAUUACGUGUUUUUAACUUACUUAAUCAUCGUGGUUUUUCUCUGAUGUUUAGUUAUAUAAACUGUAUCUUAACUAAUUGGUUUUUCUGUGAGUAACAUAUAAACUGUUUUUGUAUAUAUAUAAACCAGCCAACUUUUAUAUACUCUGUAUAUUUUUAUACAACUGUCAUUAUCUUGAAACCUCCUCUGAUGUUUAGUUAUAUAAACUGUAUCUUAACUAAUUGGUUUUUCUGUGAGUAACAUAUAAACUGUUUUUGUAUAUAUAAACCAGCCAACUUUUGUAUAUUUUUAUACAACUGUCAUUAUCUUGAAACCUCCAUGACGUAUUAACUAAUUCAGUAUGAAGAUGGAAUGUUAGAUAGCGUGUUCUUUAAGAUCUGAUAUUUAUAUUAGUCUAGUUCUGAAUCGUCCCUGUUGGUGUUCUUACUUAAAACUGCUUCUUACGGCAUUUUGUUUAAUUAUAAGUAUGUUUAUCACAGUUUUAUUAUUUAAUCAUAAGUUAGUUGAAGUAUGUAUAGGAUGGGCCAAAAGAAAGUAUUUAGUGUUUUGUUUGCUAAUGAUGAGGGAUACGAAAAGCAUAUGAACAAAAUCCAUGUCUAUUAGUCGAAGAAAUAGUUUUCAUCCAGUACGCAUAACUGUGCCUCUUUCUAUACUUAGCCGUUGAUAAAGGAAACAGUUCACUGGAUUGAUCCAUUCUGCUGUUAAAGUUGUCCAGUUUGAAUUUCAUAUUUAUUGUAAGACUGUGUUUGCAGGAAUAAACAAGCAUAAUGUUUCAGUAUUCA